UGCGGGGCGUCCAGGGCCCUGAGUUAGGACCUUCGGCCGCCUACACCCUGCCCUUUGGCUCGGAAGUACCCGGCCUGGUGGCCCCAGGACGUUCCCGUUGCAUGGCGGAGUGCUGCGGAAGAUGCCCAUGAAGUCAUUACUCCUUCUAGUUGCGCUGUUGACAUGGCCUUCGUUCGUGCCGGCGUUUCCGAGAAUAACUGUGACACCUGAUGAAGAAAAAAACUUGAAUCAUUAUGUACAAGUUUUACAGAAUCUACUACUAAGUGUUCCCACUAGGGAGCCAGGCCAAGAGAAAAUAUCAAAGUCUCCAAAUAACAUUUAUUCCAUGAGACCGAAGUCUUCAAGUAAUGUUUAUUCUAUGAGACCGAAGGUAUCACAAUUUAAGGAGUUAAUUUCACAUGACAAAGCUUCAACGGAGAAUGAUGUUUUAAGUGACCCUAUCAGUGAUAAAGCUACACCUUUCCCUACUAGAGACUUCCAACCUGAAGUAAGGAGGAACAAACAUACUAAAAGUACACCAUUCUGGUCGAUUAAACCAAAUAAUAUUUCCGUUAUUUUAAGUUCAAAAGUACCUUAUAUUGAAAGAGAAGAGCCAGAGCCAGAGCCAGAGCCAGAGCCAGAGCCAGAAUCAGAGGAGUCACAAAUUGAGGCACCAAUGUUAUGGCCAAAUGUUACUGAAUUACCUCCAAGUCCUUCAAGUAGGAGCACUGACUGGGAUACCUCCACAGAACUAGAAGAUGUUCCUCAGCUCUCGGGGGAAUAUGAAAUACCAAUAUAUGAAAGUGAGCCACUAAUUUUGAGUAAUGAAGAAAUUUUGGAUAAAAUAUCAGAUAUUCGUUCGGAAGCACGACACGUACCUCUUGGUGAGAGCCUCAAGCCAGAAUAUAGAGAGGACAUUCGAGCCUCUAGAGAGAACCUAAAACGAAGCCUUGCUUUAGCAGAAGCAGCAGAACACAGAUUACAAAAAAUGUAUAGAUCCCAGUUUUUACCAGUAGGACGCAGCAGUUUUCUAAGUGAUGACAUUGAAACUGUUAUUAACACACUGUAUAAUUCUAGAUCUAAGUUAUCUCAGUAUUUAGAUAUUAGAUAUGUUCCAUUGGAGAUGAGACAGAAAGCUACUACAGUAAUCCAUAUAUUGAAAAACAGAUUAUGUUCAAAUCAACUAGAAACUCAAAACCUUAUUAGGAAGUUAUUAAACAAUAAUAUAAAAAUUUUAAACCUACUUGAUGUUCCAUAACAAAGGUGACCUAAGAAAACUGGGCAUUCAUUAACAAGAGAAAUAAGCAUACUAGUGAUUCAAAAGUUGUAUAAAAUAUUUUCUAUUGUAGUUCAAUGUGCUAACAUCUUUACAUUUCAUAUGUUAUGAACAUUUUUCAUAUGCACUAAUAUGCCUAAAAAUUUAAAAUAAAAGUUUGGUUCAGGA